AUGUCAUCUUUAAAACGGGUACAUAAAUAUUUUAGUCGAAAAAGUUCCGACUGGAAUAUUAUUGAUUUCCUUGAAGAGUGCGACUUGGAAACUUAUAGAAAAAAGAUUGAAGAAUACCUUUUAUCACUCGAAACAAUUGUUAAAAUGGAGAAAGAUCAAAGUGGCGUGGUAGAGAUCUCCGAGCUCUCUAUCAUUCAAGUCUCUGAGCCGAGCCACAAAGAAAGUGUUGGGACACAGGGUUCUCAACCUGAUAGCAAAAAGGCAAAAACUUGGGAGAGGGAGCGUUCACGCAAGCAAGUGCAUAUUCAUCAACCGACAAUUACUAUGGAUAUCAGUGGGAACAUGGGCAAUAUAACCGCUGGAACCAUCAGUGGCGGAACUCUCGUUUGUGAAUCCAAAAGAAGCCAUGAAGGGGAUGAACAGACCAAGCAGGCCCUCUUAAACAAACGUACAAAAAUAGACGACUACUUCCCAGUUACUCUUUCUCCAUGUGAACCACCGCAUACUCCUCCAUGUGAGCCACCGCAUACUCCUCCACAUCGAAUUUUUCCGCGUGGUUCUUCAUCAGGUGCCUCCGUAUCCUCUCAGAUCCAGGGAUCAAUUGGGCAAGAGUUUUUGGAUUUGGAUUCCACUUGUUCCGAUUUCGAUCACGAAGAAGUUCCCUCACAGACAAUAGGACAAAUGCAAAAUUACGAAGUUGAUAUCGAAAAUACGUACUUACAAUUAUCUCAAGAGAAUUCACAGAUUGUACCGGAGGAAAUCCGUAAAAUAAUCGAAAAGAUAAAAGGUAUAAAAUAUCGUCUAUUCGACUAUCGAAUCAUUAAUCUCUCGGAGCGAAAUGUUACGAAUCCUGUUAAUAAGUUAUCAAAAUCCGAAAAGCGCAUCCUAAAAGAUAUUUGGAACUCGUUAGAACCAUCACAAAAAAUAAAGACAAUUCGCUUAGAUAAGUGGGAAAAAGUUCUAAUUCCUCUUAUCCAAAAGUACCAAACCCACUUAGAAAAUAAAUCUGUUUUUGAUGUAAUUUCCCUGGAUAGUACUAUUGAAGAUGUUCUAGAGAAGCCGUAUGUUAGACCUUUUAUUCAUAAAGAACAUCAUGAUCUCUUAUGGGUACAAGAUAUUUAUAAACGGUUUUUAUUUCUUUUUGAUGCACCCACUAACCUACUAUUGGAUCCAGAUCAAAGUGAGCUUUCUUACCGGGAAAACUUUGUAAAUCCCAUUGUUGUUAAAGUUUUUGACGACAUCAUGGAUUUAAUCAAAGUAAAAACAGGAGAGGUAGAGAACCAAUCGAACAAAACUCAAAGGAUCGAAACUCGUCAAUAUAAACAACGCGUUAGCAUCGGGUGUUCCCAGGACGGGAUAUACUCUAUCAAUGUAAAUGCUACUAUCUUAGAAGUAGGGUUCUUAGAGGUCGUUGGCAACGCCCUUUAUACCGAUAUCAAAAAAUUGAGUGAAGAUACCGAAAAAGUGUUUAAGUGUAUGCAAAUUUCUAUUCAUUACCAACGUCAACACUAUAUAUCACGUGGAGCAACAGAACAAAAAGUAUCUUCUAUAGAGUCAUAUGGAAUUGUUGUCUACCAGCGAAAGUUUACAUUUUAUGUAAUGCAUCGAGCAAAUGGGGGUCUACAUAUUGUUGAUGUUCUAACAGAAUUUAGUAUUCCAAGUACUAAGGAUCAAUUGUAUGUCUUAAAAGAAGUUAUAGAAAAUGUUUAUUUGUUUAAGAGUCGAAUAAUGGAUUACUACCUCUCAGUACAGAAAAUCAUUCCCUUAACUAAAACUCACGUUGGUGUAAGUGAAUCUCCUGUUGAUGCAUCACCCUCUAAAGCUUCAAGGACUCAUGACGUUUUAAAAAUUUCUGAAUAA